AUGUCGUACCCUGACCAGCGAAGUGAAGAUCAGUGGCGGGCCGUGCUAAGUCCAGAGCAAUUCCGAGUCCUGCGUGAAAAGGGCACCGAACGUCCCGGUACAGGGGAGUAUGACUCCCACUACCCAUCCAAGGGUGUCUAUACCUGCGCCGGCUGUGACGCGCCCCUUUACACAGCCGACCAUAAAUUCAAGUCCGGUUGUGGUUGGCCCGCGUAUUUCGAUUCGAUCCCCGGAGCUGUGACCCGGCAUACGGAUAGCACUUUUGGAAUGAAGCGAACAGAGAUUGUGUGUAGCAACUGCGGUGGUCAUCUCGGUCAUGUUUUUGCGGGCGAAGGAUUCCCGACCCCGACGGAUGAAAGACAUUGCGUGAAUAGCGUCAGUUUGCGAUUCACUGAAGAUGCCGAUGCUGCAUCGAAAGAGUCUGCCGCAAAGUCUAAAGCCUGA